AUGCGCCCUCGGGCCGCGGGCCUGAGGGUCCACGCAGCGUCCUCGGUGGCCCAGGUGGGUGCGGUGGCGAUGCUGGGUGGGACGCACCAGGCCCCCCCCCCGGCGGACAGGAGGUUCGACGACUACCAGCCCCGCACUGCCAUCCUCUUCCCCGGCCAGGGCGCGCAGAGCGUGGGCAUGGCGGGAGAGCUGGCGAAGGCCAUCCCCGCCGCCGCGGCGCUGUUCGACGCCGCCUCCGACCAGCUCGGCUAUGACCUGCUCCGCGUGUGCGUCGAGGGCCCCAAGGCGCGCCUGGACAGCACUGCCGUCAGCCAGCCCGCCAUCUACGUGGCCAGCCUGGCGGCGGUGGAGAAGCUGCGUGCGGAGGGCGGGGAGGAGGCACUGGCCGCCAUCGACGUCGCUGCCGGUCUGUCCUUGGGCGAGUACACCGCGCUGGCCUUUGCCGGCGCCUUCUCCUUCGCCGACGGGCUGCGCCUGGUGGCCCUGCGCGGCGCCAGCAUGCAGGCCGCCGCCGACGCCGCACCCUCGGGCAUGGUCUCCGUCAUCGGUCUGCCCUCCGACGCGGUGGCCGCGCUGUGCGAGGCCGCCAACGCGCAGGUGGCCCCCGACCAGGCCGUGCGCAUCGCCAACUACCUCUGCGACGGCAACUACGCCGUCAGCGGUGGGCUGGAGGGCUGCGCGGCGGUGGAGGGCCUGGCCAAGGCCCACAAGGCGCGCAUGACGGUGCGCCUGGCGGUGGCGGGCGCCUUCCACACCCCCUUCAUGCAGCCGGCGGUGGAGGCGCUGAGCGCGGCGCUGGCGGACACGCCGCUGGUCGCGCCGCGCAUCCCUGUGGUCAGCAAUGUGGACGCCGCGCCGCACUCCGACCCGGGCACCAUCCGCACGCUGCUGGCGCGCCAGGUCACCAGUCCCGUGCAGUGGGAGGGCACGCUGGGCGCGCUGCUGGGUCGGGGGCUGGAGCGCAGCUACGAGGUGGGGCCGGGCAAGGUCAUCGCGGGCAUCUUCAAGCGCGUCGACAGGAAGCACCCCGUCGUGAACGUCACGGCCUGA